AUGUACUCGAGCAUCGCGACCUCACAAAAUGGAUCAGCAGAACUAGCAGAUGAAUGCGAUAUAUCGCACGUUCUGGAAGGAAAUCCUCAUCCAGAAAACUCGACAGCAUUCACCGCCAUUGCGUUACUGACCGUUAUAGCCAUUGCGUCUUGUCCCUUCACCAUUUUGUUGAAUGCAUUGGUAAUCGUGGCAGUGAAUACCAAACCUAGACUCAAAACGUCCUCUAAUAUACUUGUCGGCUGCUUAGCGGUUACUGAUGUCUUUAUGGGAUUGUUCGCCCAACCCAUGUACAUAGCUUGCAGAACACUAAACUUACAUGGGGAUACUUCAGACGAGUAUUGCACACUACUUCGGUUGACAAGAAACAUCAUCAGACUUUUAGCUGCCUCAUCAAUCCACCACGUAUUCAUCAUGAGUUUUGAGCGAUAUUACGCCAUAAAAAAUGUCUUAACCUACACGACCAUGCGAAAUAAAACUCGCAAACUUCUUGGUUCGUCCGCCCUGGCCUGGAUAGCAGCAAUAGCAGGAGCUGUUCUACAAGCGUUUAGCAUCAAAGUCUUCAUCACUUUCACAAGCAUUUUAUUAAGCGUAAUUUUGGCUGUAAUUAUCUUUUGUCAGGUUGGAGUGUACUCAGAGACCCGCCGGCAUGUAAAGUGCAUCGCCGCUCAGCAAGUCUCCCUGGAGGCCAGAAAGAAAUUCUCCAAAGAGAAGAAAGCCCUAAAGUUAACAAGUUGCGUAAUAGCGUUUCUUCUUUUGACUUUUUUGCCAUUAUUUUUCGUGCGAAUACUUCUGUUUACCUCUGCCAUUACUAGUGUAAAUGUAUCUAAUUUUAGCUUUAAUGCCAUAACCCUUGUAACAAUUCUUAAUUCCCUAAUUAAUCCUAUUAUUUACUGUGUCAGGCUGAGGCAGUUUCGCGUUGCGUUUGUGCAAAUUUUGCUAAGGAAAAACCACCCACAAGCUGAACAGUUUGAAAUGCGUAUGGUACGGUUUGUAUCAAAGAACUGUACUGUAAAGCCUGAAGCCGGACAUCAAAUGGAAAAUACAAGAAACAGCCAG